AUGGAGAGUGCAUCGGCACACAGUGGCCUCUCAUAUGUGGAUUUCAUACCAGAACGUCUGGAAGGAGGGGGCUUCUUCUCAGCGUUCACUGUCCUUAUGGCAAGGGGCAACGAAUGGCUAGCAAAGAAUGCCGACUGGGAAGCAGUGACGUGUGAGAGCAUGGAGUUCAAAACCACGGAUCGGGUCCAGGCCGAAAAAAUGACCUACUAUGAAUCCGGCGAGAGACACACCGCUUACGUCAGGUGUUUGAGGCUGUGGGUGAGGCGACGGAACAAUCUAGACGAACCUCCUCAGCAGGUUGGCUACGUCAAUUACGUCCCCGAAGUCAUGGAGCAGAAGAUGUUUGGGAGUCCCAAGUUCCUGCCUCUCAGCUGCAUGGUCGAUAGGAUGAAUGAGGUGUUCCGAGCGAACCCUCUUCCAGGGAAGAUCAUCACUAUCGAAACCCAGGAGAUGAAGGUGGACUCGUAUUCUGGUCGAUUGGAUCCAGAUCGAUCUUAUUGGGUGGAGCGUGGAGAUGCGCAAAAACUCUUGGUGUUCGUCAUUCGAAUCUUCUUCCAGACUAGUUUCUCUAGACACGAAACCGGAGAGAGACAAGAAAUCGGCCUAGCCGAUUUCACCCCCAUCUGUGAGAAACCCAGCGGCAUCUUCAGCCAUCCCAAGUACGAGAGCUUUAGUAGUAUGGCUGGGAGGAUGUCGUCAUGGUGCCGGGAUCAAAGUAACAUCCGAAUCACCAACAUUCAAAGCCUGGAGUACAAACUCAAGCACGGACAAUUGGAUACUCAAAGGACGUGGUACACCGAGCAUGGGGGUGUCAAUACGUAUUAUGUACGGAUCCUUCGGGUGGCCUUCGUCCGAACCAAGGAAAUCCACGUUCCUCGAUACACUGUCACCUGCCGCACCUUUGUUCCGGUUCAAACCAAGCAAGGAGGUAUCUUCAGAGAAUCAGAAUAUGAGAGCAUGUCUCAGACCAGGGACCGAAUCGCAGCCUGGAUGGGACUCACUGGGGCCACGCUGGUCGGCGCUGAGACCUCAGCCAUACGAUUGAACACUGAAACGCCUGUAAGUCCGGGGAUCGUGAUGGAGAGUGCAUCAGAGCAUCGUGGCCUCUCAAAUGUGGAUUUCAUACCAGAAUGCCUGGAAGAAGGCGGCGUCUUCUCAUCGACCAUGUACGAACCCUUUAGUGUCCUUAUGGCAAGGGGCAACGAAUGGCUAGCAAGGAAUGCCGACUGGGAAGCAGUGACGUGUGAGAGCAUGGAGUUCAAAACUUCAGAUCGAGUCCGGACAGAGAGUAUGAUCUAUUGUGAACACGGCCAGAGCCGUACUGCUUACAUCAGUAAGUUGUGCGCCUGGAGGAAUAGGGACACCGCGAGCCUUGCCAACCCGAAGGCUGGAACGACCAGAUCGACUACCUUUGAUCGAGAAGAGAAAGCAACCCAUGAUCUCAAGGUGACUCAAUACCAAGAGAACGACUACGAAUCACGUUCCUUAUCGAUCCACCUGAUUUUACUACAUAGGUGUUUGAGGCUGUGGAUAAGGCGACGAGACAAUUUUGACGAACCUUCCCAGCAGCUUGGCUACGUCAAUUGCGUCCCUGAUGUUGUGGAGCAGAAGAUGUUGGGGAGUCCCAAGUUCUUGCCUCUCAGCAGCAUGAUCAUUAAGAUGAAUGAGAUCUUACGAUCGAACCCUCUUCCGGGGAAGAUUAUCACCAUCGAAACCCAGGGUCAGAGCAACAUCCGAAUCACCAACAUUCAAAGUAUAGAAUACAAACUCAAGCACGACCAAUUGGAUACCCAGAGGACGUGGUACACCGAGCAUGGGGGUGUCAAUACGUAUUAUGUACGGAUCCUUCGAGUGGCAUUCGUCCCAACCGAAGAAAUCCAUCUUCCUCCAUAUACUCUUACCUGUCGCACCUUUCAACCUGUUCUACUCGAGCGAGGGGGGAUGUUUAAAGCACCGGAAUAUGAGAGCAUGUCUCAGACCAGGGAUCGAGUCGCAGCCUGGAUGAGACUUGUUGGGGCCACGUUGAUCAGCGCUGAAACCUCCGCCAUCCGAUUGAACACUGGUGGGGAAAGAAAGAUGGGUCCUGAAGCGACAUAUACCUUCAAUGAAACAACGCAAAGUGGUGGGGGAAACACUAGCCGACAUUCCGUAACCGAACGUUGGAUCUACAUCAUCCGGCUUUUUCUGGACGGGGAAUACGAGGAGCCGCCCGCAGAGGUCUUGCCACCCGUUCCCGAAAUCAAAGAGGAGGAUUCCUGUAUCAUAAUCUGA